UUUUUUUUUAAUUGUUUUCACGAGAUAACGGAAUAAUUUUAUCGAGAUCUCGAGAAAACGAACUUUGUUUUCUCGAGAUAACGGAAUAAUUUUAUCGCGAUCUCGAAGAAACGAAACUUAACCUUUGCUCCUGGCGGGCUUGCUAUCAUAAAUCACAGUAUCUGAUGACAACGAUACUAACUUGAAACCUCCUGUGAUACGUACAGAAAUCCACACCAUGGAUCCGUUCAUCAUUGCACUUAAAGAAAGAGGGAUACCGGAGGAGAACCUACACCAAAUGGCACAAGACAAGGUGGACCUGGAUGUUGUCAGAUUGAUGGAUGAUGACACACUUUCAAAAUAUAUUCCUCAUUUUGGAGACCGUGUAUAUGCAAGAAAUUGGACAGAUUCAUCUUCAGCAGCUUCAAACAAUGAGGAAAGGAAAAGGAAACUCAUAGAACGUCUGCGAUCAAAAAUGAAACUUCCAAGCUUGCACCCAGCAACAGCAGGUUCACAAAGUAAUCCUCGCCGAGCAGUUGGUAAAGGGAACAAGAAUGCUGAACGAAAAACAAGAAAAAUAGAACUGGGUUGGAUGGUGUAUCAAAAUGGUAACUUUAAACAAGUUAGACGACCAACUGGUGGGGGCACAAGAGAGCUCAUUGUCAGUAAAGAUGAUACUGUGAACAAAAUUUUAGAAGAUGGGAAGCAAAUAUUCUUUCCUAAGGGGAAAUCAUCUAAAGGAAGAGUUGAAGACUUUGACUUCUCUUUAUGUAUUAUGGGCUCAGAGGAGCAGUUAGAUGCAACUCUCACAGUUGGCAGGUUGUAUGAUACAACUUAUCAUAAAUUACUCAGGUUAUACAUUUGUUCAAAACCCAAAAAAAGUAAUGAUUCAGCAAAACAGGCCAAAUCACCUGAGAGAUUUGAGACAGCAUUGGCACCCGCCCAGCAGGAUCUAUCUCCCAUAUCUUCCUCCCAUAGCUCCCAUAGGCCUUUUACUUCCAGUCCAUUAAUGACUGCAAUUUUACCAUGUUACCACCACUUCAACAUUUGAUCAAGAAGUUAUUUUCCUUGGUGAUGAUGGAAACUUGUCCUUGGAUGUUCUCUGUGACACUUUGAUUUAUCAACCUGCCCCUGAACAACAGGAAUCAGAAAAUGAUAUUGAAGUGAUUGAAGACAAAGAAAAUCAGAAAGAUGAAUCUACUUUUGAGCAAGUAAUUUCCAGCUCUGCUGGUGAUAACACAGAUUGCAGAACAUUGCAUAAUAUGAUAGAGAUUGUUGGUGAACCUGUAACUGAAGUGCAACCUUCCGAACAUACACCCACAAAUAGCAACUCAGCUGCUUCAUCCGAGAGCCCAUCAUCAGUACCUGAUGUCAUAAAUCCAGAAGUAAUGUCAAACCAUGCCUCCCCAAAUACUUCAUCUGCAUCUUUCUAUGACAAUGCUGAGAAUAUAGCUGAGAAGCAAACCAUUUCUAUUCGCAAAGUUCAUUGUGUGUCUGACAUGAUUCAGACAUUUUCAGAUGAGAACAUACUAUAUGCUAAUAUAACAUUUGAG